UUUUAGCUAAUUUUCGUGGAUUUACUAUUGAAACUCUUAAAAUAAAUACAAUUUGUGUUGCGUAUUUUAUUUUAACAUUUUCAUUUUACACUGUGAUAAAAUACCCCACUGCUUUUUUUUAAUGUUAUAAUUAUUGUUAUUGUAAAUUACGCUAUUAGAACGAUCUAGAAGGCAGGUAAUCUAUAAAUACCCCCUGUUUGCUCCGCCUCUUUCAGUCUACUGUUCACGGAGUUGGACUAGACUUUGGCAUUGGCAUUUGAGCAGCUAUUAUCAGCUAUUAUCAGCGAAUUUCAUCUCUACCAGCGACUAUCAACGGUUUUAAAGACCUUCUUCAUCGUGUGGACCGGACUUCAGCAGCAGCAGAGCAGCAGAACCAGUGGAACCAGCGGAGGAUCGAAGUGGAUUGAAUCACCAGUGACAUCACCAAGCAAUACAGAGGAACAGGAAUUGGUUUAAAUUGUUUUCAUUAAUUAGAUCAUUUAAUACAACGGUUUUCUGUAAUAUACUAGUUAAUUUUUUUGUGUGAGAUGCCUCGUCUCAAGGGCCACAACCGUUCCAGUGCGGCCAAGAAGAGGAUGGAGAAGCACCUGGCUGCAGUGGUGGAGUCUGCGCCCCGGAGCUCCACCAGCUUCGUGCCACCGGCUCCCGGUCCCUCACGCCGAGGUACUGGUCGUCGGCACCGUGUGAGCACCUGGCCAGUUUCAACCCUGACUGGCAGGAGUCACAAAGUGGUCAUCCCGGCCGAGUCACCUGACAAGAAGUUUGUUCUUCUUGUCGGGGAUUCCCACCUGCGCGCCAUCGUUGAUGGCAUUGUGGAGUUUCCGGACGAGUUCCUUUCCUUUGGUGCCAUGUCGACGCCGGGGGCCUGUGCCAGGGAGCUGACGAUCGAGUUGGUGAGUGCAGUCCUCCCCAGAACACCUGACCUUGUCUGUGUUCUAGCCCCCAGCAACGACCUGACUGCCAGUAGGACUUUGGACGAGGCUGCAGUGGACUUCGAGAAGCUCCUCACCAGUGCCUUGUCUCGGUGGCCGAAGGUGUUUGUCCUGGACUUCCCUCCGCGUCGGAACGUGGACCUGGAUCUGCAGGAGCUCUUUCGCCAAGAGUUCCACCGCGUGGCCGCACGCAAGGGCGUGAGGUACUACUCUAUCGCAGAGUUUUUUCCUCUCAGCCGAAGUGAUCUGUGGAGUUGGGAUGGUGUGCACCUCAGCGAUGGACCCGGGAUGGGGCUGCUGGUGGACUUGCUGUUGUUCUUCUCCCGGCAGCAGUUAGAGAUGGCUACUGUCGUGGAGGUUGAACACAGCUUGCCGCCAGUUGCUCCUUCUCCUGCUCCUGCUCCUCGUCCGGCUCCGAGGGUAGUUGUGAGGGGAGCGACCCGCUCCCCACGUCCGCCGCACAACCCACUGGAUUGGACGCUGGUUGAACCGCGCAGGAAGAGGAGGUGUCCGUCUCCUCAGGGAGGGAAGGUUCAGCUCAUGGAGUGUUCCAUCCCUCUCACGCCUGUCUGGUUCAGCCCACCUAUUCUGGAGGCGAUGGACCACAUCAGUCCGGGCAAUCUUGACUGGGGGGAGCCCACUACCUCUACCAAGGGACCAUCGGGGGUGAAGCGUCGUAGGAGCACUCCUGCUCCAAAGAAGAGCCGUGGGAACCAGGAGGUCGAGCUGGAGGAGGAGUGGCCCGAACUUCGCAGGGCUGUGGCGGAGGUCCCUGUGGAGCGGCCACGCAGGCGCAUCGGAUCCCAGAGGAGAAGUACCCGGCAGCAGGAGGGGGCAGCUGCAGAUGUCGUGGAGGUGAUGACUGGACCAUCACCUGCCAGUCCUGUGACCACCGAGGACCUUCCCUGCUCUGCUCUGCACAGCUCCCCAGACUCCAUCAAAGGAAUCCUGUGUCCUGGGCCAUACCAAGUUGCGAUUUAGAUUUUUUUAAGAGACGCUGAUAAUGUAUAACUGUUAUUGUUUGUUAAAAUAAUGAUCUUUAGUUAUUAUAAAUGCUGAAAGUAUUAAUUUUAUUACCAAGUUAGUACAGCUGUUAUAUUUUUGCUGCUUGUUUCUCAACCCCCCCCCCCCCCCCUACACACUUCUCCUCUGUCCCAAUUCCUCUUUUCACCCCAACCAGCCAAGGCAGAUGGCUGCACAUGUUUGAGUCUGGUUCUGUCAGAGAUUUCUUCCUGUUAAAAGGGAGUUUUGUCUCUCCACUGUUGCCAAGUGCUUGCUCAUUGUGUGACUUGUUGGGUUUCCCUUCCCCGUGUAGUAUUUUGGUAUUAAGUAUUGUAAUUGAGUUUGUUUUUAUUUGGCAGUAAACAAAUAAAAGUUUAUCAUAUUAUAAUU